AUGAUAAACGACACUCCAAAAUCGCAAACUAAGUUGCGAAGUGAUAAUGGCAGUACACUCUCAUCACUGAUAACUACCCAGCUGAAGAACAAUGACCAGCUCACUGGCAGAGUAGAAGCUGUCCGAUCUCCACCACAGAAGAAGGUAAAAGGAUUCGACAUAGACAAGACUACCACAUGGACGGAAACCUCAGAGGAAAUCGCGGAGAAUAUGACAAGGCAUGAUAUUAAUCGGCCGCAGAAGAGCAGAAAGCAGACGAUCACCACCCCGCGCAAUGUGACCGAGGAGAACCAAGGAAUUAAUAAUAAGACUCAGACCGUUCACAUGCAACUGAGGUCACAUCAAAAGAAGCAGUUAAAUCAAAGGGGAUUGACGACUGAAAAGAGAGAGACGGAAAUCGGACGACUUCGGAGUACUCGAAGAAAGGAACUUCCUAGGGUGGAAAAGCAGAGCUCGUCUGAGCAAUCGACAGAAACCUCCGGCGCCAGCGUAGACACAGACGCGGCAAAUGCGAAUAUCCUCUGUAUUGACAUAAAAGACAGGAACAGUAUUGCCCCAAACACGAUACCAUUAGCUGCAGAAAAGAUCCCUGGAGUGGAUGGCAACCAGAAUGUCAUAAUGAAUGGUUCGCCAGGAACUCCCGAGUCACUAACAUCACGCAACCAAGACCGGCCGCUCCGAGAACAGUGCCUAGUAAUACAGGGACUUCAGGAGCCUCAAGCAGAUACACCUAAAGAACGCGUAUUAGCUGAUCUCGGCUUGUUCUAA